UCCGCAACGGGGGUUCAUCCCGAAUCCUUAACGCUAAAGCAUAUCGAUCGUCGGAGAGAUAUUUUCCCGUCGAAGAAAAUGAGGAUUGACGAUAACGAAGGCGUCUCAGCUUCCAGCAAGCACCUGGUCUUCGCUUACUACGUCACUGGACACGGCUUCGGUCACGCCACCCGCAUCGUCGAGGUUGUCCGUCACUUGAUCGCGGCCGGGCACGACGUUCAUGUCGUCAUCGGCGCGCCUGAUUUUGUCUUCACGUCCGAGAUUCAGUCUCCUAGGCUAAAGAUUCGAAAGGUUCUUUUGGACUGUGGAGCUGUGCAAGCUGAUGCUCUGACUGUAGAUCGUCUUGCCUCCUUAGAAAAGUAUGUGGAAACAGCUGUGAUUCCUCGAGCUGAAAUCUUGGAAACAGAAGUGGAGUGGCUUCAUUCUAUCAAAGCUGAUUUCGUGGUGUCUGAUGUUGUCCCCGUAGCGUGCCGUGCAGCGGCUGAUGCUGGCAUACGUUCUGUCUGUGUCACCAACUUCAGGUGACGUUUUUUAAUAUCCUACUUUCAGUUUUGGUGUGUCUUGUUUGGCCUCCUGAGGUCUUGAGCGUGUUGUAGUCCACGUUCACAACCUAGCUUUUGUUAUCAAAUGUUCAACUCCCCUGUUUUAAAAGAAAAUGUUUAUAGUGAAAAUAUAGUCACAAAUUGAUUUUCUCCGGUGAUCGAAUUGAAUAGCGCAAAUUGGUUUCAUGCUCA